AUGAAGACCGCUACGUUCCUCACCCUCGCCGCUGUCGGCAAGCUCGCCGCUGCCCACGCUACUUUCCAGGAGAUGCUCGUCAACGGAAAGUCCCAGGGCUCCACUGGUGUCCGUGGCACCUCGAACCAGAACAACCCCAUCUAUUCCACAGCAACUGAGCUUGCUUCCGACAUGAUCAUUUGCAAGGGUGGCUCCAAGGUCGCUGGCUCGGUCAGCGUUGCCAGCGGUGACAAGCUCACUCUCCAGUGGCACCACAACAACCCCAUGACAUCUGGCGAUGGCGAUGAGCCCAUUGCUGAGUCCCACAAGGGUCCCAUCAUGGUUUGGGUCGCCAAGGCUGACACCGAAGGAAAGGGUGACGCCUGGGUCAAGAUCCAGGAGUCUGGCCUUAGCGGUAGCACCUGGGCUGUCGAUACCUUCCGCAGCAACGCUGGCGCGAUCGAAGUGACCGUCCCUGACCUCGCUGCCGGUGACUACCUCAUCCGCUCUGAGAUUAUCGCUCUCCACGAGGCCAGCGCCGCUGGCAAGGCCCAGUUCUACAACGGUUGCGGCCAGAUCACGGUCACCUCCUCUGGCACCAAGAGCAUCACCAGCGGUGUCGACAUGCAGACCGUCUACAAGACCGACGAUGCGGGUGUCUUGUUCAACAUCUACGGCGGUGCUAGCACCUACCCCAUCCCGGGCCCUGCCGUCAACGCUGGCCUCGGAGCUGGCGCUGCUUCCCCUAGCAAGGAGGUCGCUUCCUCUGCCGCUGCUACCUCUGCCGCCGCUGUGACCUCUGCCGCCGCUGUAACCUCUGCUGCCGCCUCCAAGCCUACCUCCACCAAGGCCGUUGUUACCUCUGCUAAGGCUACGUCCACCAAGGCCGCUGCUACCUCCGCCGCUGCUAAGCCCACUACCCUCGCCACUGUCGUCAAGACCACUGCUGGAUACGCCACUCCCUCCAAGGCUGCUGGCUCUGUUGCCAAGUGGGGCCAGUGCGGUGGCAACAACUACACUGGUGCUACUGGCUGUGUGUCCGGCACCACGUGUCAGGUGCAGAACCCCUACUACUCCCAGUGCUUGUAA